AUGCCUCGCGAUCCGCUCAUAGGCCUUGUUGGCAAAGUAUGCUGGACCAUAUCCACCCCGCAGCAUCUCCGCGCUGACCAGACUGAAGGACGAAGAUCGGUCCCAAUCGAACUUCUCGAUGUUGCUGGUUUAGUGCCCGGUGCACACGAAGGAAAGGGUCUUGGUAAUAAAUUUUUGGACGAUUUGAGGCAUGCCGACGCUUUGAUUCAUGUGGUCGACGUUAGUGGCACGACGGAUGCUGAAGGGAAGGAGACUCGCGGGUACGAUCCAUCGCAAGAUAUUGUGUGGUUGAGAUCGGAGAUUGUGCGAUGGGUGCAAGGGAACCUGAUGGAGAAAUGGGGGUCUAUCAAACGGAGGCAUCAAGCUACGAAGGCAAACCCAGUCGAAACACUGCAAGCCCAAUUUUCCGGUUACGGAAGUACCUCACAAACAGUGGCUCGCUGUCUCGACCGCCUGAAUCUGAAAGAGCCUCUCGAAAAUUGGUCAAAUGAGACGGUGGAGCAGGUUGUGAAUGCAUUUGUGGAUGAAAAAUUCCCCACAGUUUAUGCCUUGAACAAGAUUGACCACCCAGAUGCGGAUAAGAAUAUAAGCAAAAUUGCCCGAAUGCAAGAUGCGAAGUCAAUCGUGCUCUGCUCGGCAAUAUCGGAAGUCUUUUUGCGACGACUGGCGAAACAAAAGUACGUCAAAUAUGUAGAAGGAAGCGAAUUCGUGGAUACUCGAGAAGAUCUCAUAGAAAUGGGUGAUCCUGAUGGAGGAGGCUUGAAAGAGAUGGAUGAAAAAUUGAAGCAACGCGUUGAGAAUCUGAAAGAUAUGGUUCUAUACCGAUUCGGAUCCACUGGCGUUGUGCAAUGCUUGUCACGGGCUGCAGAGGUUCUGGGUCUUGUCCCGAUAUUCCCAGUGCGCAAUAUUCAUACAUUUGCCUCGGGAUCAGGGUCGAAUGCAGUCUUCCGUGAUUGCGUCUUAGUCAAAAAAAACAGCACAGUUGGGGAUGUAGCACGGAAAGUCAUGGGUGACGUUCCUAUAGCCUACGUUGAAGGAGCCGGUGGAGUACGUGUUUCUGAAGACGAAAUGGUUGCUGUCGGGAAACAUGAUGUACUUUCUUUCCGUGUUGGCCGCUAA